AUGCGUUAUGAUGUUUCCAUUAGGCAAGAUAAUUCUUUUUCCCGUUCUCCUAUAUUUGCCCUAACUUUUUCUCCACUUACCCCAAACUCAAGACUCUCUCAAACUUCUGGCAAUAGUCUGGCGGCUUUUCACAAUACGUAUCUUGGUGCGAUUCCACACAUCCCCCAUUCUAUACCCGACUUCACAGCCUUUGAGCUCUUCGCGUCUCGCUUCUAUUCCGAUCCUUCCAUCUAUCCUGCUUGCCAAUCACUUUACCAGCAUCACAUUAGGACAGUCCUCACACGGAGAAACACCUUUAACGGGAAAUUAUACAAGGAAGAUCCCGUCGAAGAAAGUGCAAGGGGUAAUCACAAAUCACUUGGUGACGACAGGAACCGAAGGGAAGAAUGGAAAUGCACAAGUGCAGCGACAUUGGUACGAAAUAACAUGCUAAGGCAUAUGGAUUACGCAAGUGCUCACGUUUGGGUAGAAAAUUGGGAUAUUACGAUUCAAACGGAGAAUUAUUCGCGAGCAGAAAAUUUCAUGUUGAACUCUGUUGAUAAACACGAAAGGAUGUUGAGAGAGAGUUAUCGAUCGGAGUCCAAGUGUGGUCAUGGUAAAAAUGUAUCUACUCUUUUGGUCUCGGAACAAGGGGCUUUGAAGAAAUCCGCUGACCAUUCAUCUCUGGAAGAGACAUGA